CCCCAAAUGCGGACCGUCACAUGUCCCUCCUGAGCCACCGUAGGUUGAAAUAGCGCAUAUGCUGUCUGUUCAAAUUAUUAUCGUGUUGUCCUGCUAAAAAGAAUCUUUUUUCUCGUCUUAACGAGCAAGGAAAGUGUCACAAUGUCUGUCCAAAUAACAAAUCCUAACAACCCGAUUGUCUUCUUCGACAUAACUAUUGGAGGACAGGAUGUUGGCCGGAUGAAGAUUGAGUUGUUUGCUGAUAUGGUUCCAAAGACAGCUGAGAACUUCCGGCAGUUUUGCACUGGAGAGUUUAGGAAGGAUGGAGUCCCUAUUGGUUUCAAAGGUUGCACCUUCCACAGGGUGAUCAAAGACUUCAUGAUACAAGGAGGGGACUUUGUAAAUGGUGAUGGAACUGGUAUUUGCAGCAUCUACAGAGGUCCAUUUGCAGAUGAAAACUUCCGGAUGAAGCACAGCGCGCCUGGUCUUCUGUCCAUGGCAAACAGUGGGCCAGGGACCAAUGGUUGUCAAUUUUUCAUCACCUGCACUAAAUGCGACUGGUUAGAUGGCAAGCAUGUUGUAUUCGGAAAAGUGGUCGAUGGUUUGCUGAUCAUGAGAAAAAUUGAGAAUGUUACUACAGGACCAAACAACAAGCCCAAGCUGCCCAUCCUUAUUGGACAGUGUGGAGAGAUGUGAUCCAGCGUGAACUACACAAUGUCUGUACACAUGAAGGAGGGUCUCAUAGUCACUUGAUUGUCCUCAGCUAACAUCAAACCAUAUAGGCUUUUCUGUGCCCGUGACUGCUCCCAUAAUGCACAUUGAAGAGCAGGAUCAAGUUCAGCAGUACAUAACAGCAUUUCUUUUUUAACACACAUGAUUCCAGGUUAAGACUUGCUUUACAUAAGGGUUUGAAAUGAAUUCAGCAAAACUUUAUGUUCAAUACUGUUUUUCCCAGUCCAAACAGAGACAAUUUUUGCAUCUUGUUUUAAAAAGGCAGAUAAGAUGUGACUUUAUGAAUCCUAAAGGAAUACUGGCUCGAUUAUUCAAUUCUUAUCUCAAUCACACUGUGUAUCAUUUAUGAUCAAUAAAAUGUUUUACAUUUUUAUAAA